AUGAGCGUCGACCAGGAAAUUCAAAAUAUUUAUUAUAGUAUUUAUAAUAUUAAUUUGACCCUUGUAAAUAUUGAUCAAGGCCUUGCGAGCGCUCUUCAAGACAUGAAUUCUGGAUUGAGUAUAUUUGAUACCCACGUCAACAUUGUUGCGUCAAAAAUCAACGAUAUUUCAAAUUCGACUCAAUCAACUUUUGAUCAUUUUCCCUACGAAUGGCUCUAUCUAUUCAUUCUUCUUUUUCUUGUUGCUCUUCUAGUCGGAUUGAGCAUGUAUUUAGUAUAUUACAUUGUCAAAUACAUUAUACAUUGGAAGGAUAGAUAUGAUGAAUAUCGAAUGUGGUAUCUGAAGAAUGUGAUGAAAAGACCAAUUUACGACGAUGAGGUGGAAGAUUAUUAUGAUGACGACGAACUGGAGUCGACACCACCACCAACAUACUCAGAAUACGCAGAAACCUCAAACAUUUAUGCGAACUAUCAUGAUCAACUUGAAUCGCAGCGAUUAUCCACAAAGAACAUAAAUUCCGAUUUAUCGACUUUGAUCUAG